CACAACUCUUCAAAUGAACCGUUGAUCUGAAAACCGAAACAUCAACAUGAAGCAAGCUCUUUUCGUUGCAUCCACUGGCAUGUUGGUCUUACUUGCCAACAUGCCCUCAACACUCUCUUCAGAUGAUUGUGGCAAGGGUGGAUUUAUUUCGUGUGAAAUCGCAUGUCCAUCACCUGGUCCAGGAUGUGAAUCUUUAGGCUAUGACACUAGCAUUUCUAUUUGUGGCUGCAAGUGCAAUCGUUGUAGUGAUGGACUUUAUUACUCAGCUUGGAGUCCAGUCCCUUUAACGGAAGAAGAACGAAAGGAGUGUCCCGAUGUCAAAUAUCCAUGCAAUUAAUUGCAUGUUGUAAAUCUCAGGAGCAUCAAAGGCUCCUCAAUUUUUCGCUG